UUGGUCUGUAAUAUAAAAAUAAAACAAUUACUUCUACCAUCGAUUUGGUUAUUGUUAACGAUGUGUAUAAGUAACAUUAAGCGAACAUUGAAAAUUCAUAAACUCUUUCGUUUGGAUUUAUUGUAUUUGAAUUAUCGCGGCAUUUUUGUUAAAAAGGAAAAAAAAUCCAUCGAUUAUAUACGCUAUUGUCAUUAAAAAGAGUCCAAUGACAUUUGUGACUUUGCUGUCUUCAAGGUACAGCGAUGACUUGCGCGGCAUAUUUUAUAAAGCUUUUCUUCGAAGCAGAAGCUCACCCUACAAACGAUGGUGGCUCGAAGUUGGCCAGUCAGUGAAAAGCAUUCGUUAGAGACACUCGUAACGUUCAUUGCAUCUAUCGGUUGUUGUGUUUUUUAACAAUUUUUAUAUUCUUAUAUCGAUAUUAAUCAAUUCAUUAAUUUUUUAAGAUCAAUUAAAUAAAGUGAAAAGUUUAGUUUGAUGAAGAACGACUGGUAUUUGAAUUUUUUAAAUUGGCGGGAAAUUUAAAGUCCUCGUAAUAUCGGUGUUAUGUUGAACAUCAGAAAAAUAUUAAUAUCUAGAUAAUGUAAAAGAAAUUUAUUUUAUCUUACCAGAGGACAAAAAUCGUUUAAACUACUACAUUGACUUAAGAUCUUCAGUAUAGAUGGAAGAAAUCGUUGAGCAACUAUGAGGGUAGAUUGUUCUGCAAAAAGAAUGACAUAUGUAAUAGGUGUCAAGAAGAUUUGACAAGAGAGAAAAAGAGAGAGAAGGAGAAAAAGAAGACAAACAUGAAUUCGUCCUAUCGAUGGGGGAAAAACGAAUAUGGCAGCAAAUAUCAUUUUUCUUAUUAUAGUCAGUUUGGUGAAAGGAACGAAGCAGUUGCUGUGGAGGUGACAGUACUUCUCAUUACGUUCAUCGCAGCGAUCAUUGUCAAUGUUGGGAUGGCCGUUUGUGUGCUCAGGUACAAAGAGAUUAGAACGCCCACGAACUUGUGUCUGGUGAACUUGGCUGCAGCGGAUCUACUGUUUGCUCUUGGUAUCCCAGUGGUUGCUUACACCAGAUUGACGCAAUCUUGGGAACUCGGUGACGCAGUUUGCGCAUUAUUACCAUAUUCCGAGUAUGUAUGUGGCUUCGUACUUUUAUGGACGCUCACAGUUAUAUCAAUAGACAGACACAAAUGUUUAGCAGUUGCACCAUAUAGAAGCAUCCUAACUAAUCAGAGAGUGCUCUUUAUUUGUUUAACAACAUGGAUCGUCGCUUUUUUUGUCUUUCUUCCUGUUGCAGUUUGGUUCAAGCCACGGGCAGUCUCGGGUGGUGUUACAAUAUGUACUCUUGUCUUUCCUCAGAAAUCAGUGGUGAAGAUAUCACUUAUUUUUACCAUAGUAACACUUACGUUUACUUGUCUGUUACCAAUGAGUCUUUUGGUGUAUCACUAUCAACAGAUAUUUAAAAAAAUUCUUAAUACCCGAGAUAGAUGGGCUGUACCUUGUGUAGCUCAGGAUUUGACCACUGGUAAAGGAAACAGAAGAGACUCGGAAUUAUCGGUGGUAGGGUCGUUAAUACCAUGGGUUGGAAGAAAAUUAUCUACAUCAUCAGUUGUAGAACGUACUGGUAGAACUGGUAGUAUGUCGCAACACGAGGAAGUCCGUCUUCACAAGCAUAUACGCGUCAUGCGGAUUUUACUAUUAAAUGUAGUCGCCGUUUUAGUUAUGUGGUUGCCGAUAACGAUCAUCGCUUUGUUGCUUUUCAUUGAUGCUCAAAGACCACCUGAACAAACUGAUUUUUUUAUGAGAUCGCAUCAUUUCAUUUGGGCACUUAUUACAGCUCAAUUGAAUACAGUGGUCAAUCCUAUUCUUUAUGGUAUAUUCUCAGAAAACUUUAGACUCUGUGUUACCAAAAUUCUACAACGUUAUUCUAAUAAAAAUGAUGAAAAAGAAGAUCGUAGUGCUAAUGGUUCGAAGAAAAGUGUUAAAUCAUUGGAUAUACUUCAAGACCGACUUGGUGGUCCCAGAAUACACAAUAGUUUUAGAAAUUCAGUGAAACAACCAAAGAGUUCCAGUUGCAGUAUUGGAAGUAUAAUAGAAAUGCCCAGUUCUGAAAAAAUUUAAAUUAUUUUAUUAUAUUUAUUAAUAAGUUUAUUUGUUUUCUUAUGGAUAAGUGAUAUUGUACUUUAAUUAUAUAGACUAUUUUAUAAACUUUUUUAAAAAAUUGU